AUGGAGGAAGACUCUUUGGCCUGUACAAUUCCCCAUCUUUUUCGGGCGCUGGACCUGCGGAAGAAGUACAUGAGAAUAAGCAAGCAGAACAAAUCAUGGCGCGAAUACGGCGUGCCCGCCGGCAUAUCGGCGGUUAAAAAGGACUCGCACUGGGUUUUGGUUAACGAUGAUGUUGCGAUUCCCUCCGUGGCAGAGUACCACAAGGACCUUGAGUUCAUCACGUCAAUUAUCCACAACGGUCCGCUGAAGUCGUUUUGCUACCAGCGGCUGGAGCACCUGGAGCUGCAGUUCAAAAUCCACCUAAACCAGUCCCAUGGGAGGGAAAAGAAAGAGCAAAGAACGCUCUCAAAUAGGGACUUCUACACGGUGUUCAAGGCAGACACUCACCUGCACCACUCGGCGAGCAUGAACUCAAAGAAGCUUCUGAAGUACAUUAAGAAGAAGCUAAGAGACUCGCCGGAGGACGAGGUGUACAGAGACAAAGCAGGGGAAGUGCACACCCUAUCCAACAUCUUUUCUGGAAUAAACAAGACAGUGGACACGCUGUGCCUAGACAGCCUGGGCACGCACUCCAACCUGGAAACCUUCCACCGGUUUGACCGGUUCAACUCCAAGUACAACCCGUACGGGACGCCCAUUCUCAGGGAGGUUUUUCUCAAGCACGACAACUUUAUCCAAGGCAAGUAUCUGGCGGAGCUGACGCAGGAGCUGAUCGAGGAGGUCGAGGAAAAGGAGUAUCUCAAGUGCGAGUGGGGCGUGUCGCUCUACGGAAAGAAGGAGAAAGAGCUGGAGGUGCUUAGCACAUGGGUGCAUGCAAACGGGCUGUACAGCCGCGACAUUCGGUGGUACCUGCAGGUGCCAAGGCUCUACGGCGUCUUCAAAGGAUAUGGAAACAUCGGCAACUAUGCCGAGUUUCUCUGCAACGUCUUCAGCGAGCUCAUAGAGGCAUCGCAGCGCCCAAAGGCAGGCACGGCGGACGGAGCAGACGCGCACAGCGUCAUAGACCGGUUUUUGGACGAUGUGGUUGGAAUCGACUCGGUGGACGACGAGGGCGUCAAGGACAAGAGGUCCGGCGCAGAAAAAGACCACCCCAGCGCAUGGAGCAGGCCGGAAAACCCGCCGUACUCUCUAUACAUGUACUAUAUGUACUACUACGUUUCUGUUGCGAACAGGCUGCGGGCAAGCCGGGGGAAAAAUCUUCUGUGCUUUAGGCCGCACUCUGGGGAGUCUGGCGACCCUGACCAUCUGGCGGCUGCUUUCCUGUGCGCCAAAAGCAUUGCCCACGGCGUCAAGCUCCGAAAGUCCCCUGUGCUCCAGUACCUGUAUUAUUUGGCGCAGAUCGGCAUAGCCAUGUCUCCGCUGAGCAACAACUCCCUGUUUAUAGAGUACCGGAAAAACCCGUUUCCCAUGUACUUCUAUAGGGGGCUGAACGUGUCUCUCUCAACUGACGACCCUUUGCAGUUUCACUACACACGAGAGCCGCUGAUGGAGGAGUAUAGCAUAGCGUCCCAGAUAUGGAAGCUGUCGUCGUGCGACCAGUGCGAGAUAGCGCGAAACAGCGUGCUUUUGAGCAACUUUCCCCGGGAGGAAAAGGAAAAAUGGAUAGGAAAGUACGAGGAGAACGGGCGCUCUGCAAACGACCACACCAUGUCAAACGUGCCGCCAACAAGGUUUCAGUACAGGAUGAACAGAAUAUCGGAGGAAUACGAGAUUCUGGAAAAGUACGCGAGUAGGCCGGGGCUCUCUGCCUCAAGGGAAAACUAG